GACGGGCUGUACGACGAGGUGAAAAUGCGCCAGAUUGAGGCGUCCGGCACCUCGUUCCAGGCCGCCAUUAUUCCCAUCGGCGAGGAUCCUGCGGGGGACUCCUUAGUGCACGUCUCUCCUCCCAAGGGUUGUAGGAGCGUCUCGGUGGUGUCCGCCAGUCCCGCGCUGGUCCGUUCGAAGGCGCGUCUCGACGAUGGACUCUGGGGAUCGGUCUCUGAGUAGCGUGUCCUCGCGGUGGUGGUCGUCGCGGUGUGUAGUGAGGUGCUGGCAAAAUAUCCACGGUUUUUGCCUCGCCAUUAAGUGACGAAAACGAGGCGGUAUUACAAAAUCCAGCAAUUUGCGGCGGUAAUUAUGCAUGCAGUCCCUUUCUUUGGCGCUUCACGUGACGGUCGCUGAUGCUGUGGGAGAAAAGGAGAAAAGUGCUUUAGUAUUUGCCAAGACAAGUGAAACCAAGCCGCCACACUUGCACUUCCUGGAGCCCUGUAAUCGUCCCAGCCAGUGAAAAACCGUGAAAGUGAAUGAAUGCGUUAAGAAGGCCGAGGGAUAAUAUAACGAAGGAGUAGUUUGUCGUUGACUCACGCUGCAGGAAGACGUCCCUGUUGCAUUGCUCCUCGCCGCCUGUGCUGUUCCCACUCCUUUAACGAAUAUAUACGAAGCGAGACCAACAUGAGACCCCGAAAGACGUGAUAGUGAUGAUAUAGCGAACGUAUGUGAACGAGCGGAGGGUUAAUUGAAAAAAUAAUAACAAGAAUUACCGGAUUAACCAUUCGAGACGUCAAGACCGCCACCAUGUUCAGUGUGAUGAUUCUCGACAUGUUCAGUUCUCGCAAGUCUGGGGGCAGCAGCGGGAGUGGAGAAGUUGGUCGUGGAACGCCGAGGCACAAGGCAACUGGAGGAAGCACCCCCAGACACUCCAGAAAGAACAGAGACACUUCACGGGACUCCACCAUUAUUUCUGCCCCAGAGAUCGGUUACGACAAUAUGAUCAGCAUGGUAGAGUUUGAUCCAGGCCACAGGGAGAUGGCAGUGGAUGUGCCGGACUCCUUUGUAGCACGAACCAAAACCCCACCAAGGUAUGUAUUGCUGUUAUUAAAUUUUACUCCUCCAAUUCCAAAUUUAGAUUUGUACAUUGAGUUCCACAAAAGGAGGAUAUUGUGGCUGUUUGUCCAUUGCAAAGAUAAACUAAGGGGUACUGACAUAUAG